AUGGCGGAGGAAAACUCAUUAGCAAGACAAAUUCCCGCGCAAUGUAACAUUUUAAAACCAGAGCCCAGAGAAAUUUUAUUUUUUUGUUCAAAUCUUGCUAUGUCUGCAUUGCGUUCAGUAUUUGAAUUUAUCUGUGAAAACAUCGGAUUAUUAAUUUUAUCUGUUAUAGUAGUUUCAGUUUUGUACAUUUUAUACAAAAGUUAUCUGAGCCCGCCGAUUUAUGUAAAGGACCUAACGGAAGUUGGCUUUGACCAUAUAACCCGCGGAUCGGACAGAACCAUGAACAUUACCAGGGCUCAGAACGCGAGGCAGCUAGGCACAAAGCUGCCACCCCCAUAUCCGAACGGGUGGUAUGUGGUAGCAGAAAGCCGAGAUCUGAAGAUUGGAAAAGUGAUGUCCGUGGAUGCACUAGGUGUGAACCUCUGUGUCUACAGAGGAGAGGAUAGCGUUGCCCGUUGCGUGGACGCUUACUGUCCCCACUUGGGUGCUAACUUGGCAAUUGGGGGCACAGUCUGCGGGAACUGCAUCGAGUGCCCGUUCCACCAGUGGAGGUUUGGAGCUGAUGGUGGAUGUGUCAGUAUACCAGGAGUCGAAACAGUUCCAAAAGGCAUCGCCCUCAAGACUUGGCACACAAUGGAAGUAGACGGCGCAGUGUGGAUUUGGUACGACGCCGAAGGUCGUGAGCCAUUGUGGACUGUGCCUGAAGUCCCGGAAUUAAAGAGUUGGGGAUUCAGAGGGAGAAACGAGUUCACAGUCAACACACACAUUCAGGAAAUCCCCGAGAAUGGAGCAGAUAUUGCGCACCUGAACGCAAUUCACUCGACUUCGCUGCUCACAGAAAUAGGAGACAGAUUUCCAUUUUUACAUAACAUCAUAGGCCGCCAUUUUUGGACUGCGGAGUGGUCGAAGGGCAAGGAAGAACACUUAGCGACGGUCAACAUCGAGCAAAAAUACUUAAUUAUGAAGUUCGACGCGUUCCCGAUCAAAGUCACUGUUGACCAGAUCGGUCCGAGCCACGUGAGGCUGUGGUUCAAGAGCGCACUGGGCGCCCUGCUGGUGGUGCAGUCGAUAACGCCGCGCGGCGCACUGCUGCAGCACGUCGUGCACCGCGUGUACUCGCCGCGCCACAACGCACCGCUGGGCGCGUGGAUGGUGCUGGCUGAGGCCUGGCAGUUUAAACGCGACGUGGCCAUUUGGAACAGCAAACGCUAUGUGAACUCUCCAUCUUAUGUGAAAACUGACAAAACUAUACGAGCCUUUAGAGCGUGGUUCAUGCAAUUCUACAGUGAGAACAGCAUUCCUCUGAAACAAGCCCUGCAGAAUCCUCUUGACUGGUAA